AUGAAGAAGUUGGAGAGGAAACUGCGAGCCAACGACCGCGAGUACAACCGCUCCUUCAGAUAUGCAACGAAUGCCAUCAAAACCUCAAAGUACAACGUCUUCACCUUUCUGCCUCUCAACCUGUUCGAACAAUUUCAGAGGAUCGCCAACGCCUACUUCCUCGUUCUGCUGGUGCUUCAGGUGAUCCCUCAGAUCUCCUCCCUGUCCUGGUUCACCACCGUCGUGCCUCUCAUCUUCGUUCUGACGGUCACCGCUGCCAAGGAUGCCACUGACGACCUCAAUCGCCACAGGAGCGACAAACGAGUAAACAACCGAAAAGUUCAAGUGCUCAUCGACAGGAAGCUGCGCAGCGAGAAAUGGAUGGACGUCCAGGUAGGAGACAUCAUCAAGCUGGAGAACAACCAGUUUGUCACAGCCGACCUUAUGCUGCUCUCCAGCAGCGAACCGCUCAACCUCGUGUACAUCGAAACAGCAGAGUUGGACGGAGAGACAAACCUGAAGGUGAGACAGGCCUUGACAGUGACAGGAGACCUGGGAGAGGAUAUAGAAAAACUGGCAGACUUUAACGGUGAGGUGCGCUGUGAAGCCCCCAACAACCGCCUCGACCGCUUCACGGGAACGCUGAUCGUCGCCGGUCAGAAAUACGCGCUCGACAACGAGAAAAUCCUGCUGCGAGGCUGCACCCUGAGGAACACCGAGUGGUGCUUUGGGCUGGUGCUGUUCGCAGGUCAGGAAACUAAACUGAUGCAAAACUGUGGGAAGAGCACGUUCAAGAGAACCAGUAUAGACCGACUGAUGAACGUCUUAGUCCUCUGUAUUUUUGGUUUUCUCGUCUGCAUGUGCACAGUCCUGGCGAUCGGGAACUACAUCUGGGAGAUAAACAACGGCUCAAACUUCACCGUCUUCCUGCCGAGGGAGGAUGGAAACAAUUCUGGUUUCUCUGCCUUCCUCACCUUCUGGUCCUACGUCAUCAUCCUCAACACUGUGGUGCCCAUUUCUCUUUAUGUUAGUGUGGAGAUUAUUCGUCUGGGGAACAGCUUCUACAUCGACUGGGACAGGAAGAUGUAUCAUUCUCACAGCGACACGCCUGCGGAGGCUCGGACCACCACGCUGAACGAGGAGCUCGGACAGAUCAAGUACGUCUUCAGCGACAAAACGGGAACGCUCACCCAGAACAUCAUGAUCUUCAACAAGUGCUCCAUCAACGGCAAAUCCUACGGAGAUGUGUACGACUACACGGGACAGAGACUUGACAUCUCUGAGACCUGA